AUGCGCGCAUCCCACUUCCAGCUGAUCAAAGUAAUCGGACGAGGUGCCUUUGGAGAGGUGCAGCUGGUGCGUCACAAGCUGACGAAUCAGGUGUACGCUAUGAAACUUCUCAACAAAUUUGAGAUGAUCAAACGUGCUGACUCCGCGUUCUUCUGGGAAGAGCGCGAUAUCAUGGCCUACGCAAAUUCUGACUGGAUUGUUAAACUGCACUACGCCUUUCAAGACGCCCGGUAUUUGUACAUGGUAAUGGAAUACAUGCCCGGAGGGGAUUUGGUCAAUCUUAUGGCCAGCUAUGAUGUCCCUGAGAAAUGGGCCAAAUUCUAUACUGCCGAGGUAGUUCUUGCCCUUGACAGUAUUCACAGCAUGGGCUAUAUUCACAGGUACUGUAAAAUAUCGUUGAUCGCGUGUUCUCAGACUCGGUUUGGUUGUUAAUU